CACACACAAAAAAAAAAAAAAAAAAAAUUGAGAAAUCAAUCAGAACAAUCUCUCUGAGCACCCAUCAAUUUGUUGUUUCAGCUUUUUAAGAAAUGGAUUCACGAGUAUCAUCACCAUCGCUUAAAGAGAAGAUAAAAGGCAAGAACAGAGGAGAAAUGAGCGACCAGAUUGCGAAAUCGUUCCAAGACAAAGCCGUUUCAAGAGUUGUGCUUGUCGGCGAAUCUGGCAGUGGGAAGACGUGGCUUUCGGAGAAGAUCUGCAACAACCUGUUGUCCAAAGAGAAAGAAAAUGGCGGCGGCUCCUGUUUCUUGGCUCUCUGGUUACAUCUCAACCGACAACUCGACGAUUCAUCUCUUUACCGGAAUCUUGCUUCCCAGUUAUCCGUGUUUUUCUCGUACGAAGAGAUUGACGAUGAUGCUGAAGAAGGAAACGUGAAUGAUCUGAAGAAGAAGAUUCUUGAGGAGCUAAACAAGAGGAAGAAUCCGGCUGAAGACGCGAAAAACCUGGGUGAAGAUGCGAUGAAACCGAAGAAAGAAGCGAAGAAACCGGAGAAAGAAGAGAAAAAAUCGGCUGAAGAUGUGAAGAAACCAGAGAAAGAAGAGAAAAACCCAGCCGAAGAUGCGAAGAAACCGGAGAAAGAGGCGAAAAAACUGGUCGAAGAUGCGAAAUCGGAUAAAGAAGAGAAAAAGCCGGCUGAAGAAGAGAAAAGCCCGGCUGAUGAAGAGAAGAAAUCUGCAACAUCUGCAGAAGAAAAGUAUAUACUGUUGGUUUUGGAUGACGAAGGAAGUAUCACCAAGGAAGAGGAAGUGAUGAAAGAUUUGAAACUUCAAGAGUUUCUUGAACACGACGGCGGACACGCUGUAAAGAUUCUGAUCACGAGACGGGAAGGAGGAGGAGGCGGGAAUAACGUUCUUGAGGUCGAACCGCUCAAGAAGGACGAGUCAGACGCGUUACUUGACGGUUCUCGGGAAAUUCUCGGGUCCUUAACCGACAAAGGUUGGAGGGUUUCGCUCAAUUCCCUUCAAGAACAAAAGGAGAUUGAUGAUCCGACUUUGAUUUCAUGUAUCAUAAGAAAGAGCAAAGGUUUACCUGCUGCAAUCUCUACGCUGGCGAAAUCGUUAAGUCGUUUAAAACGGAACGGUUCCAACGAAACCGUUCUAUCCGAGGAACAGAAGAAGGCAUUCGAGGAAUCGAUACUCUCCUCGGAAUCAUCGGAAUCAGCAGCUGGCUGUAAGAGCGCGAUCGAUCCGAAGAAAUACAAUCCAGUUCUGUACCUCGCUUACGAGUUGAUGAAACACGAUAAAUCGUUACAUACCGCCGUUGUUGCUUGCUUCUGGCAUAGCUUGGACUUCUUCCAGCACUGCGGUUGCGUUUAUUACCGUGAACUGAUUGCGAACUGGAUACUCGAAGGUUACUUCGAUCCUGUCUGGUCUGUCGAGGAGGCGUAUCGAGAGGGUCAUACCGUCUUGAUGGAGCUUAUGGACCGAGGUUUUCUGAAGAUACAAGAUGGGAAUGUGGUGGUGCCCGAGAUGGCGAUGUCGAAUCUGAUCGAUCUUCGAGAUUGCGGAGUUUUGGGAAGAUCCCGUCUCGGAUUCGCCAGAGUUUACGGCGGUGAAAAGGGGAGAGGGGUGGGAAAGAUCACUCACCCUGGCGAUAUGAUGAGAACAGUUCGCUCCAAGAAAGUAAAAUCUUCGGCGACAAAACUCGAGACGAAAAUAGAGGUCUCGACGAUUCUUGUCAGUGGGAACCGUCUCUGUCAGGAAACUUGCGGGAAGUUCUUCGAGGGUCCGGAAAGGGAGGGUCUUCAAGUUCUUGGACUUUUCGACCCGAGAUUCGAGUCUCUUGUCUCGUCGUUAUCGAAGCUAAAGAAACUCAGAGUUCUUGUCAUUAAGGACUGUGAUCUACUGAAAGAAAUCGACAAACUUGGGGAAUUGAACGGUCUACACGUUCUCGAGGUCUCUGGUGCAAGUUCUCUGACAGAUAUCCAAGACGAUUUCUUCAGAAAUAUGACUCAGCUUCGAAGUCUCAACCUUUCGGGACUCAUGAUCAGAUCUUCGCCUUCGAGUAUCUCUCAGCUGUCUGAACUCAAAUGUCUCGUCAUGAGGAACUGCCCCGAGUUGGAAGAUCUUCCGGAUGUUCAGUCUUUGACGAACCUCGAGGUCAUCGACAUUCAUGGAGCUCGAAAGCUGAAGACUUGCUUCGACAAGACAGUCGGGAAGGACAAAAACAAGGGCAAGAACAAAAACUUUGCUCAUCUCGAAAAACUUCAACAUCUCGACCUGUCGGGUAGCCAGAUAGACCGGCUACCGAUUUUCCAAGACUCGAAACAGUCAAAGAGAACUCGCUCCUUGACUCGGCUCCUGUUACGGGAUUGCAACAAGUUGAGAAGAUUGCCUCAUCUGAAACCGUUAUCCGCUCUCCAGAUUCUCGACAUUUCGGGUUGUAAGACCGUGAAUGAGAUGUACGAAGUGUGCUUCGAGGACAAGGACGAGCUAAGAACCCUAAACCUAUCAGGAACUAGUCUGAGAGAGCUGCCUAACGAGAUCGCCGGCCUGUCCAAACUCAGCCAGUUUCUUUUGAGAGACUGCAAAAUGUUAGGAUCUCUUCCAAACAUCGAGGCUCUCGCCAAUCUCGAGGUCUUUGACGUUUCGGGCUGCGAAAAACUCGAAAAGAUCGACGGAUCAUUCAAGGGCAUGUCUUACCUGCGCGAGCUUAAUCUCUGUGGAACCAAACUCAAAACAUUACCAGAGUUGCCAAGGAAGAAGAAGAGCUGUCUGCGUUCUUCGAAACGUAUCGUUCUUCCGGAUUCGAGAGAGUGGAAACUCGAUGAAUGGAGCAAAAUCGAGGAAGAGCUGAGAUCAUCUGGAGCCAUAGACGAGACACGAGAAAUCUUGGGGAACAAGUCAGAGACCGGGGAGAAAACAGAAGAUGAGGCUCAAGCUGGGGUCCGCCAUGAGAAGAAAGGCGAGGGAGAGGAAUUUGUCCAUGACGGCGACAGAUACGAUUCUGUAUACAUGAAGAUCAGAAACUUCAUGGAUUCAGACAGUGGCAUCAAGAUCUUAGAGAUCCGUGGAUCUAAUGACUGGAAUUGCUUGUCCGAUCAUGAGAAGGAAACCCUAGCGAAAGCCGAGUUCGUCUCUUUCGCGGAGAAUCGCUCUGAAAGUGUGUCGUCGAUCUUCGAGGCGUUCAAGAUGAGAUCCGUGAAGGGUUGUUGGGUUGAGAAAUGCGUUGGAAUGGAGACCCUUUUCGCCGGCAUUGUCGAAUCUCUGGAGAUUCUCUGGAUAUCGAAUCUUCCAUUGAUGAAGAGCAUAUGCAGUGAAGGGAGCUUCGUGAAUCUGAAGAAACUGAGCAUAGACUGUUGCCCUAACAUCAAAACCCUCUUCCCUGUUCCCCAUCUGCCCAAGAAAUUGGAGAAUCUUCGCAUAAGGUUCUGCGAUAAUCUGGAGGAAGUGUUCGGGCAAGAAGGCGGAGCACGGAAUAGUCUAGAUUCCGUACGGGCUCUGUACCUUUUUGGGUUGCCGGAGUUAACGACUGUCGGAGCUAAACUACAGAAUCUGGAGACAUUCACGAAGGAGAAAUGCUCCAAACUUUGUGAUACGAAGGAGACUCUUAAAUACAAGGAGACUUUAUAAUAGUUACAUAAUAAAACUUGUAAUAAUCUGUUUAUUACUUUUUAACUCUAUGGUUUAUGUAAUUUUCUCUGCAGGACUUUGGGAAAUAUGAUGUUUUAUAA